UUCAAAACAUCAAGUACGCCCCGACAUCGAUCCUAUACGCGGAACUGUGACUUCAAACCGAUUCGUGAGACGAGAGGCUUCCGCAAGUAUAGGCGCGUUCGAGGAAUGGAUCUCUAUGUCUUGGCCGGAAGGCAAUCCAAUCACGUCCGCGCCUCCGGCGAACAAUGUUUCUGCGCAAAAUAACCACGUAAAAAGAAGCGGACUUGGUCGACCUCAGCAAGAUGUCCAGCAAGACUCCGUCCCGCAUUCUUGUAUAUGUCUCCAUAGUCGACCUUGUUGCUCGGGAUGUUGCGCCUGGCCUGACUUAGAUCUCCUAUGGCCCUUCGAUCCUUUCUUUCCAACCCCAAGAGGGGCAGGACAUAGCUCGACGUCGGUUGCGCCAGAUAUCGUUAGCAGUGCUACCCAAAUGAUCACGGAACAGCUCAGUCCUGACACCGUUCUUCGCUCGGACUCAGUCUUCGUUGACGGUUCUUUUUCACUAUGGAACGAAAACUCUAUCUAUCUUGACCAAGUAGAAGAAGCUCUUUCGUGGUCAUCUUUGAGCUCGAGGUCCAUCUCCGGCAAUCAGUGCCCCUGUGUAAAUGCCCAACAGCAACUGCCACCCACGUUCUUUGAGCAGGAAUUCGAGCUUAAAAGCCUUGGCCCGGCCGGAUGGAAGUCGAGCCAAUCCUCGGAAGCGUACUCACCGUCACUGUUGAUGUCAUUGUACAACUGCACAAGGACGCCCAAUAGUGUCUGCGAAUGCGUGCGACCCAACAGUACAACACAUAUGAGAAGCGACCCAAUAUCCAAACUAGCAAUUGACCGGGCACGCUUGCCAAAAUGCAAGCUUCGCAAGCGCCGCUUCCCGUGCCCUCUCAACCCUUGCCAGAAGGUCUUCGGGUCAAGGAACGACCUCGAACGACACUUGGCCACACGCAAACAUCGACGCGAGUCUGGAAGCGAUCGAGUGAACAAGUUCAGAUGCACAGUGUCGUGGUGCAAGAGGAAGUCGGAGGGAUUCAUGAGGAAGGAUCAUUGGGCCAGACAUAUGGGGAAGAUGCAUCCGGAUCUUGCAGUGGGAGACGGAGAGGGUGGGGAUGCUGAAUAGACCGAAGGGUGCAGGCCAGAUUGGUUAAGGGCAGGAAAGGGACACUCGUUCGAUCAUUUUCUUUCAGUUUUUGUGUUUUAGUUAU